ACAGUGUUGCAAACUAGUGUUCUUGCCUCUUACACUGAGACAACUUAGACUCUGAAUAAGAUGAAUCAAUAUUUGAACCAUUUCAGAGAGAAUUUCAGCAGCAGACAUUUCAAACUGUUAAGAGUACUGUUUCUGUCUUUAGUGGCACUGACUGUUCUCACAUUUUUCACUGUUUAUCAAAAUGAAAGUAAAACCGUCUCAGUUCUUGGGUUUUGGGAGAGCUACCAAAACAGCGGGUCUUCAGAGAUGAACAAAGCACAAAAUAGACAGCCAUUAUGGAAACCUGAGUUUCUAGGUGAAGUGAACAUGCAUGUUUUUGAAGACUGGUGUGGAGGUUCUGUGCAUCAGCUAAGAACGAACGUGCUGUACCCUCUUUUUCCCCAUACUCGCACCACAAUCGGCAGGCUUGCUGUUAAUGCUGGAUGGAAAAACUAUGGUCUAAGAAUCUUUGGAUACAUUCAUCCUGUAUUAAGUGGUGAAUACAUUUUUGCUAUUGCUUCUGAUAAUAAUGCAGAAUUCUGGCUGAGUUCAGAUGAAAGCACUAAAAGCAUCAAACUCAUGGCCUACCUUGGCAAGACAGGAAAGGAAUGGGCAGCCCCAGGAGAGUAUGAGAAAUUUUCAUCUCAAAUAUCUCAGCCUGUACUACUAUCAAGAAACAUGAAGUAUUUCUUUGAAGUACUCUACAAACAAAAUGACGGAAUUGAUCACCUGGAGGUUGCAUGGCGUCUCAAUAAUGAAGACAGUAAUUUUGAGAUCAUUACUGCAGAAUAUUUGUCCCGCUAUGUUGAUGAGUCUUCUCUACAGCUGGUGGAAAGUGAUCACAUCCCUCAAACAAAAGCCAGUCAUACAAUGUCCACUGACGCCAUUUUCAAGACAGACAAGUCUGAAGUGGACAUGGUCAAAGCAGAUCCGCGAGACUUUAUAUACAGGACACCACUGCUAAAGGAGUCCUAUUUGGAAAAUGUUUUUCUCAAAUGUGAUUACUAUCCACUUCAUAUAUUUGACAACGCAACCAUUGAGAGAUAUGAUGGUAUAAAUUAUGUUCACUACUCCUCAGUGUAUCCCAAUGACCACACAAGACUAGCUAAUGAAGGGACUGACACACAGCUAUGUUUUUACCAAAAGGAUGAAACGUAUGGUGAAAGAGAUGGGUUUGGUCCAUAUGUGAAAAUUGAAAACACAGGAGAAGAAGAAACAGAGGAUAACAGUAAAUCUUCCACAGCAGAAAACAAGCCAAAAUGGAAACAGGUCUUCAGUGUGAAAUCUUUGGAUUUCCAUUCAAAGCAGAGUGAUUUUGUCGUUCACACCUGCAAUAGAGCUGGAAAUAUUAUAAUGCUCAAAAAAGAAGUCAUGCCUGUAGUUGAAGCCUUCAUGAGUCAACUAAAAACAACAGAGACCACAAGUGAUCUGGUCAUAAAACGUGUGCUAAAUGUGGAGAAGAGGACAGAUAAUGCUACAGUCAGUCGAUACAUGUUGGAGUUGGAGCUGGAGGACAAGCAGGGGAAAAACAUGCUGCUCUCUAAGUAUUUUUAUGCUACAAAGGACAAAAAUAAAGGGCGGAAUCCAAAAGUACCUACCCUUUGCAGCCCAAAUGGUUUCUCCUGGAACCCAGAAGCAACGGUCCAUGUUAUUCUAGCAGUGAAAAACCAAGGGAGAUGGGUCAUGCAUUUCAUAAAGGAAAUGGAGAAAGUAUACAAAACCACACGAGACAAAAACUUCAACAUCAUUCUCAUAGACUAUAAUAGCACGGAUAUUGAUGUAGAGAAGGAACUGAAAAAUGCUAAUAUACCAAGCUACCAGUUUAAGAGACUGGAUGGACCUUUUGGCAGAUCACCUGGACUCCAAGUUGGAAUAGAUCUUGUUGAAGAUGAGAACAGUAUUUUGUUCCUGUGUGACCUGCACCUCCACUUUCCUGUGACAAUAAUAGACACCGUGCGUAAACACUGUGUGCAAGGGAAAAUGGUGUUUGCUCCUGUUGUGAUGAGACUGGAAUGUGGAGCCACAGUGCAGUCCCCUAGAGGUUUCUGGGAAACUAUGGGUUAUGGUCUGAUUGGCAUUUAUAAAUCAGACAUGGUUCGAAUUGGAGGAAUGAACGUUAAAGAAUUUACUGACAAGUGGGGAGGAGAAGACUGGGAGUUGCUGGACAGAAUUCUGUUGAACAAACUGGAGGUGGAACGACUGAAUCUGAGGAAUUUUUUACACUUCUUCCAUUCAAAGCAAGGCAUGUGGAACACAGAAUGAAUCUUGAAUAGCAUGUACUGUACAUAAACAGCUGGAAGGACACACAGCACAUAGUAAUGUGUUCUUAAGUGAUAUAAUUUUUUUUCUAUUUUAAAAUUUUAGAAUCAUGAUGAACAUCUAUUAUAACAUCUUAUCUAUUAUAGCAGAUUACACACUCACCAGUGUUAAAUAAGAUAAAACCAUGAUAUAUUUCUAAUUAUUUACAUUAACCCUUCAAUAACAACCCAGUUAUUACAGAUUUACUAUUCUCUUUGAAAAAUGUUGAAAAUUUUCAAAGAUUCUGUAUGCUGAGCAUUAUUUUUUUCUGUCUGGUGGAUAAUAAUUUCUAGCAGAUAGUGGGUUUAAACUAAAUAAUCAUGGUGGCUGGGCAACCUUACUAUUAAUAUUAAUAACGUUUGACUGGUAGUGCAUGUGCAUUAAAUGUAUGUAUUUAUUUAGGUACAAUAUGUACUAACUGAUACAUUAGAUGGAUAAUUGCAUAUGUGAAUGUUUGUAUUUUAGAAUAAUUAAUGUGGUCUAGAUCUAUAAUCAAAUCAUCACAGUCGACGAGGGGGUGACGAUGGGUACUUUUGCAGUAAAGAGCUUUAUUAUGAAACAGUUAGAAUAAUCCAAAACCUGAGACAAAAGAGUCGUCUAAACAGGCAAAUGGGCAGGCGAAUAGCAAACAGAAUAAAUUAGGCUAAGACUGGAAUCAGAUAACAAGGACGAGAAUUAGAUGAAAACCAUGAAAGCCAAACGAAGAAGUCAAUGGCUUGGUAUGUAGAGACACUAACAAUACUUCGCACCGAACAUAGACACAUGAGGGAUAUAAAUACCAAACAUAAUCAAAGGGGAAGACAAACACCUGAGACACAUUAGGAGACAACCAAUGACGUGACAAGGGCGAAGACAUGACAUCAACCAUAACAAGCACACGUGUAGGAAGAAAACAAAGUCAACGUCAUAUGUAAACCCAGAAUCACAUCCUCGCGCUUUGAGCUCCGUAGUGCGUUACUUGUUCCAGCGCUUUGUGCAGGGGAGGGGGGGCAUAAUCGUGACAGUAAUAGUGUUUCAGUGUUUAUUUAUUUAUUUUUUUACAUUUUUUAAAAUAUUUUGGAAUUGUGAAACAUUUGUACUGCACAAGCACUAAUCAAUACUAUACUAUAUGGCUUGAUAAUGUCUGGGUUGCCCUAGCUUUCACAUGCAUUUUUAUUUGUGUAUACCUGUAAUUUUGUAUAUUAUUUUGUUUGUAUGCAUUGUUUUUUUUUUUAUCUAUUUGUUGAACUAUAAGAACUCAUGAACCUCUUUAAACCUGUGUACUAUACUUAGUAUGCCUAUGUCAGAAUUAUAUUUACCUAACUAUAAUAACUACAAGUUUAGUAAUUUAAGACUGGGACAUAAUAGUGUAUCAUAGUUUAUUUAUUUAUAGUUUAUUUGACUCUCCAUGAUAAAUAUGAAAAGAAGUUAAUAAAAAUGCUGCAAGAUUACAUUUAA